AUUCAAAGGGUGUAACUUGGCGCCAGAAAAAGCAUAAGAAUUCAAUACCUUCCUUCCCUUCCAUUAAAGAGCAAUGAAGGUGGACCCUCAGUGAACAUUGAACACCAUCGCCAUAUCUCGUCCUCACACCAACCAAGUCCAGUCACACACAGUCGACGAAGAAAUGGGAAGAGCAUUUCGUUAUGUGAUAAUUGGUGGAGGCGUCGCAGCCGGUUAUGCCGCUCUCGAAUUCACAAAGAAAGGUGUCUCUCAUGGUGAACUUUGUAUCAUCUCCGACGAACCUGUAGCUCCCUACGAGCGACCUGCACUUAGCAAAGGGUUUCUACUUCCAGAAGCUCCUGCACGUCUCCCUGGCUUUCAUACUUGUGUUGGUGCUAAUGAAGAAAGGUUAACACCCAAAUGGUACAAAGAACAUGGAAUUGAAUUAAUUCUGGGAAACCGAGUUGAGUCUGCGAAUGUGAGGCGUAAAACACUAUUGACAACAAUGGGAGAAAUCAUUACCUACGAAUUUCUCAUAAUUGCAACCGGUUCUCGGGCUGUGAAACUUGAGGAAAUUGGAAUAAAUGGAUCGGAUGCUGAAAACGUAUGUUAUCUACGCGAUUUAGCCGAUGCAACAAAGCUUGUGAACGUGAUGCAAAAGUGUAGGAAUGGAAAUGCAAUCGUGAUUGGAGGUGGAUAUAUCGGAAUGGAAUGUGCUGCUUCUUUGGUGAUAAAUAAGAUCAAUGUUUCCAUGGUGUUCCCUGGGCCAUAUUUCAUGGGUAGAUUAUUUACGCCCAAGAUUGCGAGCUAUUAUGAAGAUUUUUACAAGUCGAAGGGGGUCAAUUUUAUCAAAGGCACAUCCGUGUCAUCUCUUGUGUUCAACUCCGAAGGGAAGGUAACGGGAGCAAAUCUCAAGGACGAGCGUCAGCUUCCUGCCGACAUGAUUAUCGUAGGAAUCGGCGCCCGUCCCAACACAAACCUCUUUACCGGCCAACUCACUUUUGAAAAAGGAGGAAUAAAAGUAAAUAGUCAGUUACAAUCAAGCAACCCCUCAGUUUACGCAGUCGGUGACGUGGUGUCUUUUCCGGUCAAAUUUUACGGUGACAACCGAAGGGUUGAACAUGUUGAUGCCGCCAGGCGAACCGCUAAGCAUGCAGUGUCUGCAAUAAUGCACCCAAAAAACACCCCAGGAUUCGACUACUUGCCAUUUUUUUAUUCUCGAGUGUUCUCGUUGUCUUGGCGGUUUUAUGGAGAUAAUGUUGGGGAAGUGGUUCAUUUUGGUGAUUUUAAUGGGACUAAAUUUGGUGCUCUAUGGCGGAGUAAUAGUUGUUUAGUUGGGUGUUUUCUUGAAGGUGGAGGAGAUGAUGAUUAUGUGGCGAUAGCUAAGGCCGUUAGAGAUAAAGCGGCGGUGGCGGAUUUGGGUGAGCUUGAGAGGGCGGGGUUGGGUUUUGCGGUGGAGGUGAACCGGAAACCGCCACUAUCGCCGCCGGUUUGUGGAGGUGGUUUAAAGAAACCGGUGUAUGUAUUGUGUGCAACUUCUGCUUUUGUUGUUGCUGUGUUUGCAUAUUUGUAUGGAAGUAGGUGGGUGUAGAAGGUAAACAUGGUGUGGGUUGUGUAUACAAAAUGAAACUCUGGUUUAUUAAUAAAUGAGUUUGACAAUUAAAUAUAUGGGCAUUUGGUCUAGU